CAUAGGUCACAACGAGCAUAGUUUGAGAACAGACGCCGAGCGCAGCAGGUCUGGGAUGUUUUCGCCUCCACGGUGCGUUUUUAUCGCAGUUUUUACGCUUGUUUUUGGUGUUUUUAGCGGAGCCGCAUCUUAUUGGUCAUGCCACAGACGGACCAUUUUCUUUUGUUUGCAUGCUCUUACAUGGACCCUCGGUGUGCACAUUUCAGAACACAAUGUUCUUGUGUUGUCUGGCAUUUCCACGGGUGUUGUGCCUUCAUUCUCCAAAUACCAUGCAUUUGACGCGAGAGCCCGUGUAAACGAAAAGCUGGAGGGUUUUAUCACUGCAGCUCUGAUGGAAUGACAAAGUUACGUAAGCUGUGGUCACGACCGAGUCUGACACGAUGCCAGGACAAAUCCCAGAUCCCUCUGUGACAGCCGGCUCCCUGCCCAGCCUGGGCCCACUGGCUGGGAUCUCAGCCACCACGCUGACUGACAAGCUCAAAUUUGGUGAGCUUCAGGAGUUUGGGACGAUGUUGUCACCUCUGCACUUCCUGGACAGUCUGGGGAAAAGACCCCUAGUCAUCAAAACUGAGAGAGAUGAAGAAGAAGAAAGAAGAAAACGAAGGCGAGAAAAAAACAAAGUGGCUGCAGCUCGAUGUCGAAACAAAAAGAAGGAGAGGACAGAUUAUCUACAAAAAGAAUCGGAGAGACUAGAGAUGUUAAACUCUGACCUUAAAGCUCAGAUUGAGGAGCUGAAGCUGGAACGACAGCAACUGAUCCUCAUGCUCAAUCGCCAUCGUCCCACGUGUAUUGUCAGAACAGACAGUGUGAAAACCCCGGAGAGCGAGGUGAACCCUCUGCUGCAGCAGCUGGAGGCCAAGUGAAGGUGCGAUGAGUUUCUAGAGUUUACAGCUGAGGAGAAGCAGCCAACCACCAGCACUUAGCUUUGGACCUUGGUCAUGGAGGAGAACUAUACGCGCACUCCUACCUUAAGUCACAAAGCGUUUAAAAUGUGGAUCCAAAAACAUUGGACACUAUUUUGGUAGUUAAAUCAAACUUACUUUAUCUCUCUCUCUCUUGCUUUCCAAUUUACUGCUUCUCCAGGAACUAGCCUACAGCCAAAUGAAUACAUGAUAAAUGCGUUUACAUGAUGUUAACUCAACCUAUUGUCUAAAAAGAAUGAUUUGUAACUUAUUAACAAAACAGUGGAAUUGAAGUAAAUUUAGGACAGGUACGAAGUUAAGACCCUUAACUAUUGUGUAAACAGCAUUUCAAGUACUGCUUCCAUACUGGACUACAUAGAUAUUUUAAGUCUUGCAGUACCUCUCAGUGUAUGACUAAGAUCAUGAUUUAUAACAAAGAACCAGAGGAGAAGAUUUAAAAACAUCUCAUACAGGUUGCUUUUCUCCUGUUAUUUGCUCAUGCAGUUAAAAAGUUUUCUACUUUUCUAUAAUCAGACCUACAGAUGCAAAAAAAAUACUUUUAUUCAGUAAAAACCCUCAUGAUUUUAGAAUUCUUCACUGUACAUUUGGCAACAGAACAGUUCAUUAUUUCUUUCUCUUUCCUUUCUUUGUUAAUUAUCUUAUGUUUUGGCGCAGGCGUCAUGUAUGCACAUAUCUAUCUAUAUAUAUAUAUAUUGACUGUUUACAUUCUUUAUGUUCUGUUACCAUAUUGUUACUAUCAAUUAUGUUUUUUAUACUUUUGUAUAUGAUGUUAUAUAAGCAUAUAAGCUAUCAGAAAAACCCAUUUUGUAUUUCCUCAAGAAAUAAAUGUUUAGUUUCUUUUUU